CCCAUUGGCUGCCCCUGGCAGAGCCAAGAGCUUCUUGCUGAGUAAUUAAAGUAAUGACAAUAAUAAACCCAAAGUAAACAAGGUGGAAAAAAAAAAUAAAAAAAUCAAUAGGCUCAGAGCAGAGGCCACACUCGGCGAGGCGCAGUCCUGCCGGCUUCUGCCUGCACCUCGGUCCGGCGGGGACAGAGACAUCCCGAGGGCACCUGAGCGGGUACCGGCAACGUUGGCUCUAACCGGGGCUGCAGGAGGCUGCACGGAGGUGACCCGCAGGCAGAGGAGCCAUGUCAGGUGACAAAGUCUCGAGGCAAAAGCCCUGCCACCACUGCAAGAGGAGGUCGAUCUCAGCCCCAGCGGGCACGGCCAUGAUCCACUAUGAGAAGUCCUGGCUGUACCGCCACUGCUCUUCUGUGCAGCAGCGUGACAGGCAAGCUCAGAAAGCCGGGCAGCUCUUCUCGGGGCUGCUGGCCAUGAACGUGGUGUUUCUGGGCAGCGCCUUCAUCAGCAGCAUGAUUUUCAACCACGUGGCCAUCACGCUGGCCGACGUCUGGAUCCUGCUCUCCAUCCUCAAGGUCGUGUGCCUGUGCUGGAUCAUCUACUACCUGCUGGGCACCAGUCGGCAGCCCCACGCCGUGCUCUACCGGGAUUCUCACGCGGGACCAGUCUGGAUUAGGGGGUCACUGCUGCUGUUUGGUAGUUUCAGCGUCCUCCUGAACGUCUUCCAGAUCGGCUACAGCGUAAUUCAAAUCCACUGCAAAUCCAAGGUGGAAAUCGUGUUCCCCAGCAUCGAAAUCCUUUUUGUUUCCACCCAGGCUUUUUUUCUGUGGCAUCACUCGAAGGACUGCAUUCAAGUCCAGCACAACCUCACCAGGUGUGGGCUGAUGCUGACCAUAGCCACUAACCUCCUCCUCUGGCUCUUGGCAGUGACCAACGACUCCAUCCACAUGGAGAUUGAAUCUCAGCUGCGAGAGGUGGAGCAGCGAUUGGCAGGCAAUGAGACUAACUUGUGCGCCUGCCCAAACACAACCACCUGCAAAGUCUUCCAGAAGGGCUACAUCCUGCUCUACCCCUUCAACACCGAGUACUGCCUCAUCUGCUGCUCCGUCCUCUACGUCAUGUGGAAGAACGUGGGGCGACGCAUCAGCCACCACCAUGCCCCUCACAUCAAGCCCAAGUUCAAGCUGCAGGGGGUGGUCUUUGGGCCCCUGCUGGGCGCCGCUGCCGUAAUCAUCGGGAUCUGCGUCUUCAUGAUGUACCAGAUCCAGGCCACGGGCUCAGCCCCCAACCGCCAGGUCUUCGUGAUGUAUUAUUCCUACUACAUCGUGCUCCUGCCCCUGAUGAGCGUGUGUGCAGUCGUCGGGACAAUCAUCCAUGCCGUGGAAAAAAGGGAGCUGGACACGCUGAAGAACCCAACCCGCAGCCUGGACGUGAUCCUACUGAUGGGGGCAGCCCUCGGCCAGAUCGCCAUGUCCUACUUCUCCAUCGUCGCCAUUGUGGCCACCAACCCCAAGGACCUGUUGAACAGCCUCAUCCUGUCCUAUUCUGUCCUCCUCAUCUUCCAGUACAUCACCCAAAACAUCUUCAUCAUUGAUGGGCUCCAGCGGGAACCAUUCGUAGCAGCAAUUGAGGCAAGGCACGCAGGACACGCCGGGCAGCAUCCAGUGGAUUCAGAGCUGCCUGGUGAAGAGAUGACCACACCGAGGAGCACACAGGAGCACACACAGGCCUCACCCAACAAAGAGGAAGAAGUGAGUGAAGAGCAAAACCACGAAGCACACGACCAGAGACGAGUGAGCGUGCUGGAGCUCGGACAGGAGUUCCGGAGAGUCUCUCUAUCCUACAUGCAUUCCUACUCUCACCUGAGUUGGAAGAGGAAAGCAUUAAAAGAGAUCUCGUUCUUCUUGGUUUUGUGCAACAUCAUACUGUGGAUAAUGCCCACGUUUGGGGCUCACCCUGUGUUUGAGAACGGACUGGAGAAGUCAUUUUACGGCUACUCCACUUGGUUUGCCAUCGUGAACUUCGGCCUCCCGCUGGGCGUCUUCUACAGAAUGCAUUCCGUCGGGGGACUUCUGGAUGUUUACGUCUCAGCCUGAAACAUCUCUCCUCACUCAAGGCUGCAGGGAAACGACGAGGCUGAACAAGAUGCAGUAAGCAGUGGAGAUGCACGUGGAAGCUUUAAGCUUUUUCUCUUCAGCUUCUGCUUUGACUUCUUACCCAACAUCUCCAUGAGCUUUUGGAGAAAAUGAUGUUGGUUUAUAUUGUUAUUUUUUCUCCAUAGAGAGCAGAAUGAAAAUCCAUUAGCAAACUGCCUUACUGCCCUGCAGAAGCACACUGGCACUUUGCAGUAGCCUGCCAAUGGAUCCUGUGUGGUAAAGUGGGACUUUACCAGGUGCUGUUGAACUCUUCCAGAUAACAGAAUGCCAGAGCAGCCUGCAGCGAGAGCAAAGGCUGACCUACACUCCACAGAGCUUCAAAACCCACAGCCAAGGACCUCCAGCCCCACCGCUGCUUGCCAGCCACAGCCCUGCGGCACAGAAAAGCUCUACCAGUGCCAGGCCCACUAGAAGCACACACACACUCCCAGUCAUUCAGAAAUAAACCAAAACCACAAUUUGUGUAAUUUCCAAAUGGACCGUUAUGCUGGGAGCUGCUGUAGUGGUCCCUAACACUUAUCCUCAACUGCUGCUUUGCACAUCCAAAAACAUUUCCCAAGGUCCAUGUGAAGGAACACAGUUCCACAGCAUGGUGCCUGAUCAAAGACCUGUUUGUAUGUGCUCCGUAGGAGCUGCUUGCUUGGAAAAUCCAUGGGGGUGCACAGGGGCUUAUGACUAUGGGUCUUAAAAACAGACUGAUGAAUGGAAAUAAAGAGAGAUUGAAUGCUCAUGUGUACCUGGUGAAAUCUCUGGGACUGCUCUUCACUCACCAAAGACCAGACUCAAAAAGUUAUCUGGGCAUUCAGAGGUUAUAUGAGAUUUAAGGGCAGGCCUUGGUCUACAUCAUUUUUCUGUUGUCAAGAGCUUGCAUAACCUUUAGCCAAGGCCAAAGUAGCAUGGUACAAAGUGAGUCUACAUUAUUGCUUUGGUUCAUCUAUAAAUCAAUCCUAGAAGCAGUGUGGAUUUAGGAUCAGAACAUAUAAAGGUUUUGGGUUUUUUGUUUGUUUUGUCAUGCUCUAGAUAAGUACACUCCCCCAAGACAGGACCAGUGAUGAGAGCUAGAAACGCUGAUUACAUGUAUCUCAUUUGCCUUCUAAUUUGCCAUUCAGGUAAUUAAAGGACCUCCCUCUGAAACUAAAAGUGAGAACGAUUGCGUGAGCAUGAACUUUGUCCAAUGAGUGCUUUUACUCAGGCCUGUGUCAACAGAAAUAUGCCAUGAGAAAUAACAGCUGGAUAAAUUAGGCUCCAAUAAAGUUAAUUAUUAUUCUCA